AUGAGCCAUUCAAAAAUAAAUACAGCGGAAUACGGAAGUUGGUGGAGUUCCAUCGACACAAAUAUUUUAAGCAGUGGAAAUUGUAAAGUAAUUUCUGAACUGCAGUGUGGUGAAAAUUCAGUGUUUUGGGUGGAAUCACAGUUUCCCACUGGUCGACGGGCAUUGUUUCAGGCAAAGAAAGAUGAAGAUGGAAUAAUCGAAUGGACUCCAAAAGACAUCAGUGUGAGAAAUACAGUACAUGAGUACGGUGGUGGAUCAUUCAUUGUUGUCGAUGAUGCCCCUUAUUACAUUACUCUGAGUGGUAUAUUUAGGCAAGUUGCUGCAAAUAAUCAACCUGAGCUGAUUGUUGGUGGUGAUCAUUCACAUCGUUUCGCAGAUCUGUGUUAUCACAAGGGUAACUUAUACGCUGUUUAUGAAGUACAUUCUGGGAAUGAGGUCGCAAAUAUGAUCGUAAGAGUUGUGGAAGGUGCCGUUCGGCCUAUUGUCACUGGUGCAGACUUUUAUGCAUUUCCUCGUAUAAGUCCUGAUGGACAGUGGUUCACGUGGAUGGAAUGGAAUAUGCCGAAUAUGCCAUGGGACGAAACAACAGUGGUUAUUUCCUCAAUUAAAGAAAGUGGUGAUAUAGAUGAGAUUUGCCGAUUUUCUCGUGAAGGUGUCAAUUAUCAUAGUCCGGAGUGGAGUUCAGCUGGCAAUUUAUAUUUAAUUUCGGAUCAUACGAAUUGGUGGAAUGUAUACGAGGUCAAUUUAACUGAACAUAAGUUGGGCCAAAACUUAUUCCCAAUUGAUGUCGAAAUUGGUGCUCCGCUGUGGCAGUUUGCUGAACGACACUUUGCUUCAAAUAAAAGGGGCAUUUUGAUGAACGUUUCUGGGAAAUUGGUAUAUAAACCAUGGAAUAAAAAAGUGAAGACGAUUGAUUGCUCGUGCUACACCAGUUUCAGAUAUCUCGCUCUAGAUGAAAGUGGUACUGCUUAUGCGAUCGCGUCGGGUCCGGCCAAAUCGUCAUCAGUGAUCAGAAUUCAGCUCGACACUGAGCAGGUGGAUGUUCUUCGGGAAUCACGAUCUUCCACUGAUAUUGCUAAGUAUGAUAUUUCAAUGCCGGAAGCGAUGUAUUUCCAGUCAGAUGGUAUCACUGUACAGGCCUGGUUUUAUCCACCAUUUUCCAAAACAUAUGCAGCUCCAGAAGGCACUUUGCCACCUGUUGUUCUAGUCGCACAUGGUGGGCCCACUGCUUAUUCUCCGAACACUCUUGAUAUGAGGAUUCAGUACCUAACCACGAGGGGUUUCGCUGUUUGUGAUGUGAAUUAUCGUGGUUCCACUGGUUUCGGGACAGUUUUCCGUAAUAUGUUACGACGUAAUUGGGGUAUUGUUGACAGGAAUGAUAUGAUUAAUGCCGCCAGUCAUUUAAUUUCCCAGAAGCGAGUUGAUCCGAAACGAUUAUGUAUCAUGGGUAGCUCAGCUGGUGGUUAUCUUCUUCUAGCGACCAUUUUAAAGUCUGAUUUAUUUUCUGCAGCAGCCUCACUUUAUGGUGUGAGCGACUUAAUUGGUUUAGCGAAAGAUACCCACAAAUUUGAGCUUGGUUACAACGAACAACUCAUUGGAAAGUUUCCGGAAGAGAGAGUUCUUUACGAGCAAAAGUCACCACUAAAUCACCUUGAUCAGCUUUCAACACCCGUUGCAUUUUUUCAUGGUGAAGAAGACCCAGUAGUACCACUCACGCAAAGUAUACGGUUGCAUGAGGCGUUAAAAACGAAAGGAGUACCCACUUCAUUGACUGUUUUCCUAGGUGAAACACAUGGUUUCAGAGGAUCUUUUGCGAAUGAGGUGACAUUGAGUGGUUUCUAUUACUUUUUUUGUCGUAUGCUGGGCAUCAAGCCUUCAGUAGAAAGUCAGAUUCAAAUUGAGAAUUUAUCGAAAUUGCAAGUAAAGGAAAGUCGAUAAACAGAUAACUCGCUGGCAUGUAUCAGCUGAAAUAGCAAUUCCAUUACACUAUUCUACUUACGAUAUAA